CUAGCAUUCGCAUGUAAUCUCGUCCCAACAUCCAACAACCAGUUUCGUCCAAUGAUUACAUUAGUGCACAUGUGAAGUGUUCGAAAAUCUGAAAUCCGACUUUAAUUCUCGAUUUUUUUUAAAAAAAUGGUGUUUUAGUGUGUGGUUCGCUGUUUGGAAAAAUAAUUUUUUUGAAAAAUUUUCCAAUUCGAGAGUAGAAUCCGGUUUCAUACUUAGUAAUUUUCCGGUGCUUGAAAGUGUUGAUAAAAUUAAAUUCACGAGUAUUUUUUAAAACACACGCGUGUGUUUUUUUUCUUGUUUCAGUAUCAUCAUCGUCAACAUACUAGCUCAGAACGAUGACCAAUGAUAAAUCUUCCAAGUUGAGCGAAUACGCCGUCAAAUUAGCCAAACAAGAGCUUCGCGAAGAUGAGCAAACCAGACAAUUCGCUUUGAUCCAGAUGAGAGAAUGGAUUAAGAAGAAUCCUCGAAUUAUACAUUGUCGAACAGAUGAUAGCUUCUUGUUGAGAUUUCUACGAGUGAAAAAGUUCAGCUUACCGAUUGCACAAGAAACCCUCGAAAGGUAUUUACUUCUACGUCACGUGUACGGUGAUUUGAUGUUUCAUAAUUUGGAUAUCAAGGAUACGGUAAUGAACGAGUUGCUGCAUCUCGGGUACCUUUUCGCAGCGCCGAAACGAGAUAAACACGGUCGCCGGAUCAUCAUAGCUAGACCAGGGGUAUUCGAUCCUUAUAAAUACACGAACGCUCACAUGUGUCACUUUCACGCGAUCACUUACGAAACACUAAUGGAAGACGAAGAAAACCAAGUCGUAGGAUACGUUCAUUUCGCAGACGGUGAUGGAUUCUCAUUUCCUCAUCUAACACUUUUUACUCCGAGAGAGGCAGUCAGAAUAGUGAAAAAUGGCGAAAGGGUGAUACCGAUGCGCCAUAAAGAAGUACAUGGUAUAAAUGUUCCUGCUGGAUUAAAAUAUGUUCUCGAUUUCGGUAUAUCUUUGGUUUCCGAAAAAAUUCGCAAAAGGAUAAAGAUACACAAUAAUUUACAAGAAUUACACGACCAUGUGGAUAAAUCUCUCUUACCCAAAGAAUACGGCGGUGAUAUGCCAAUGGCAGAAAUGAUUCGAUUAUGGAAAGAAGAACUCUACAACCGUCGUGAAACUCUAUUGACCAACGAUGCAAUGGCUGUUAAACUAGAAAUGUAUAAUGAGGCUGCGAAAGAAGGUCGUGUUUCCGCUUUGAAAAGUGGAUGUGGAAUAGGAGCUCAGAACGACUGUGCAGAUUACGUUACCGGUAGCUUUAGACAACUAGCUGUAGACUAAGCAGAAUUUCCAACACCUCUAUAUCGUAUAAUUUGUGCAGCGAACCACUAUUAUAUUUCGCGUUUAUUUUAUCGCUUUCAAUUUUUUUGUAACUUUUGUAAUUUGUUGUAUGUACUUUACGACGAAUAAAUACAUAAAAUAUUUGUUCAUAA